AUGGCUUCUUCUGAGAAUUAUGUAACUGUUGAACAACCGUGGAUGUUCCGGCGAUCAUAUACCGAUUCUCUGCCUUCCGACUUCUACACAAAGGAGAAAGAAACGCUAACCAAAGCUUUGCAAAUGUCAUAUACAGGUGGCGCCACCGCAGCCGACACGGCGGCUUCUCUUUUGGUGAAGUCUGAAAUGAUGCCGUUUCAAACACCCACCGUCUCCGACAGGUCGGAAUGUGAAGCACCGGUUUCCAAACCACGGACGGUCGGGUUGACACGGAAGAUAACAAAACGGAAGUCGCGUGCGACUAAAGGUGCAACGACGACGUUUAUAUCUGCUGAUCCCGCGAAUUUCAGACAAAUGGUACAGCAGAUGACAGGAGUUCGAUUUGGGGACUUGAACGGACAGCUACCCGUUUCUCAAGUGCUUAAGCCUGAGCCUCAAAGGCCAGUCAACCGGUUGCAGCCGAGUGGAGGCUUGUCAACUCUUGACACGUCAUCUUUUCUGCUCAGCCAAACCCACCACCACCAAGUCGACCCAGCUUCAUAUUUGGUGGCUCAGCCACCGGCCACGGUGGUUACUGAUGUUGGCUCCGGUGGACUUGACUUCAACUCUCAUUGCAACUUUCCAACCCUCGAGUCUUGGAAAGAUAUGUAA